ACCCGAGUGACGCCGAUAUACAUCCGGUCGUUUGGGUCGAGAGAAGGAUAGAGGCAGGCUAUCAUCCCGAUUGGAUGUAGCAUCAUUUUUCCAGUUUUGAGAGGAAGAAUCUGUGGGCGAUCUCGGAUAAAAUGCCGUCGCUUUUAUUCUGUGGGCCCAAAUUGGCAGCCUGUGGGAUCGUGUUAAGCAUCUGGGGUGUCGUUAUGCUGUCAAUGUUGGGAAUCUUCUUCAGUGCAAAAUCUGCUGUGCUGAUCGAAGAUGUUCCCUUUACUGAGGAAGACAUCCGUGAUGACAAGAAUCCACCACAGACAAUUUACGGACUCUACAACCAAGUUGGGAUCAACUGCUUCAUUGCUGCUGCCAUCUACGUAGGUGUUGGCGCAGUGUCUCUGUGUCAAGUUCGCCUUAACAAGCGCCAGGAGUACAUGGUCACAUAAACCCAGACCAUUUCCAAAUUCAACUCCAAUUAUUCCUAAUUAUUUAUUUUUAAAAGACUUCUCAACAAUCUAGAAGAAGAUUUUGCUUUGUUAUAUUGUCUGAAAUUGAUAUAUUUGCCAGUUAAUCUUUGGCUCAAAAUUUAAAUACUAGAUAUAUAAUGUUAUGAAGAAAAAGUGUCCAAAACAUACAAUAAACAGGCACAAAUACAUGCUGUGUGCAUAUAUAUGCAUGUCAUGUGUUGUUAAAUUCCAGAAAUAUUCAGAACAUUAUGGGAAGGAACUUUGACUCCACAUUUUCCAUCAUAUAAAUAAGCAAAACAAGCCGAAGGUCUUCACUUUGAUGGUUGUCUUCUGAUGAAUAAGCUAUAAGACACCAUAAAACACUAUGGAUCCAGAUGUUAGUAGCUGGUGUUUGUUGAAUGUGUGUGUAUGGUGGACAUUUUUUGAAUUCCAAUAUUUAAAUGUUUGUGUGGUAAUAUAAAUGUCUAUUAUUUUAUUGAUGUACACCCUGCAAACCUUGUGCUGUGUACUUGAUAUCACAACAGUAAUGAACAA